AUGGAAGACAUUCUCUUAAGAGGAAUAAAGCAGAAGAAAAAGAAGACGCCAAGGGAGGAGCUUGAGUACAAUGUCGAUGGCGAAAGGCAUCCUCUCCUUUGCAGUUUCGAGGAUCUGAAGACAAAGGUUCCAUUCGACUCCCCACUCCUGACACAGAAGGUCGUUAUACCGUAUUUUCUGAAAAAGACGAAUGUUAUUGUCCAGGCCUUCACGGGGAGUGGAAAGACAUUAUCGUACUGUCUCCCACUUGUCGAAAUGGCACGGGGUAGGAGUCUUUUUGGGGCGAUACUUGUUCCUGGAAAGCCGCUUGUGAGACAGGUCUACAGAGUUGUUCGGGAGAUCAAGCACGAGGGUCUGAAGGUCGUGGGGGUUUAUGGAGACGGUAGAGAGGACUUCCUGGUUGAGGAAGGAGAAAAAGGAGAGCUGGUGCAGAAGGCGAUCGACGACAAGAUGCGGGAGAGGAUUGCAGAGUCCCUGAGGGCAAGCGCAAGAGUGCUAAUAGGGACACCGAGGUCGGUUCUCGGUUUGAUGUCGAUGUCUGAAAUAAGGAAUGUUACGCAUCUUGUCAUAGAUGAGGCAGACCUUCUGAUAAAUCCUGAGACUGUCGGAGUCUUUGCAUCGAUUCUUUCGGUGAUCGAGAUGGAGGAUAUACACAUCAGCUGCUUCAGCGCCACGAUGAACGAGUAUGUUUCGGAAGUCAUAGAGACGGUGAAGAGCAUCACAAAGAUACGUGUUGUGUCGAAGAGGCUUAUAGACCAUGAAUUUGUGUUUGGAACAAGCAGAAAGAUCAAGCAUUUGUCCUUGCUGCAGAUCAUUGCAGACGGUAUUGAGUCGCCCACCUUGAUAUUUGUCAAGGACGAGAAGACGGGCGAGGCCCUGAGCAUGCUGCUGGGCAAGAGCGCAGUCUAUAGGGAAGACCAGGAGGGCAGUGGAGAGGUUCUGGAUGGUUUCCGCUUGAAGAAGAUCUGGUACUUGUUCACAACAGACUCGCUGAGCAGAGGAAUUGAUUUUUAUAAUAUCAGAAGCGUCAUAAACUAUGACCUCCCGAGCACCAAGACCCAGUUUGUCCACAGAAUCGGAAGGAUCAACAGGAACUGCCAGGGCCAGAAGAUAUAUACGAUCUACUCAAGCGAAGAUUUCGGAAGAAUUGGUGUUGUUGCAGAGUUUCUCGAGGAGAACGGGCAUGAAGUGCCGAAGCAUAUCACCCGGAUUAUCGAAAAGAGCAGAAGGAGAACGAACAGAAAGGCUUAG